GUCUUUUGUCGCCAACUAACAGUCAAAAGAACCUCCUUGCAACACGCAACUCUUUCUGGAGAACCUGCUGGUACAACACAAGAGCAAGUGCUGUGGAGGAUACAGAAUUAUCGGAUCUAUCAUCUAUUACCAAACACAGAGAAAAACGAUGAUGAAGGUGAAUAGUAAUACAAGGUUCUUUCUCGCUGCGUUGCUGAGCCUUGUGCUGCUGCUCUGUGCGGUCUCUGAAUUGGGGCACUGCUCCGGUGAGGAACCCGCCAUAAGGAUGAAGCUUGGAGGGGUUCACGACUGUAAGGGCUCUCAGAACAGCGCCGAGAUCGAGAAUCUCGCCCGCUUCGCCGUCCAAGAACAUAACAAUAAAGAGAAUACCAUCCUCGAGUUUGCCAGGGUUUUGAAAGCCAAAGAACAGGUGGUUGCUGGUAAGAUAUACCAUCUUACUCUGGAAGUGAUUGAUGCUGGUAAGAAGAACAUAUACGAAGCUAAAGUCUGGGUGAAGCCAUGGAUGAACUUCAAGCAGUUGCAGGAAUUUAAGCAUGCCCCUGAUGUCUCUUCCUUUACCCCAUCAGACCUGGGGGAUAAACGUGAUGGCCAUGAACCAGGAUGGCAAGCAGUGCCAACUCAGGAUCCUGGGGUUCAAGAUGCAGCAAACCAUGCUGUUAAGUCCAUCCAGCAGAGGUCCAACUCGUUGUACCCCUAUGAACUUCUAGAGAUCCUUCUAGCUAAGGCCAAGGUCAUUGAAGAUUAUGCCAAAUUCAAUCUGCUCCUGAAGCUGAGAAGGGGAACUAAGGAAGAGAAGUUCAGGGUUGAAGUAAAUAUGAAUAUUGAAGGAAAGUUCUAUUUGAGUCAGUUUGAACAAGAUCACUCCUGAAUUUAGCAUCCAUCUUAUGUGUUAAAUAAAAUGUUGAGUUAUGCUGCUAUAUUCAAAGUAAGUAAAAUGCUUUGGGAACUUAGCCUAUGAUGUGUAUAUGUGUGAAGUGUAGUCCUUUCUGACCUUUUAAUCUACAUGGAUAUAUCCUUUUAGCUAGCCAUUUUCUCUUGUAUAUUCCUAAUGUACUUGAGGCAUCUUACGCUUUUAAUGCUACUUUUAUUACUUGUAAAAAAAAAAAUCUACAUGAGAUAUGGUUUUAUA